GGGCGGGUGGGGAGCCAGAGGGGAGGGCUCGAGAGCGGGGCGAGCCGAGGAGAGGACGAAGAGAGCGAGCGAGCGGCUCUGCGGAGGUUUGGAGUUGCACUGUCUUCCCGGCUCCUCUGGCAGGACGUUUCCCUCUCUCCCUCCUCUCUCUCUCUCUCCCUCCCUCCUCCUUUUCUCUCUCUCUCCCGAGCCGGGCAGCGGGCACGGCCGGAGGCACGCUGCUGCCAGCGGGGGAGGCGGGCUGCUCCGCCGCGGGCAGCCGGGCAGGGGGCUUCCACCCACCCACCCAGCCCCACGCACACACACACACACACCCGCACAACGCCCCCCCACAUAUAUAUGUGCGUGCGGGCGCUUUUUUGGCUGCGCUGGAAGUAGCGCACGGUAGACGGCGAGGAAGUCUCGGCAGCCGCCUCCUCCUCCUCCUCCUCCGUCGCCCGCGCUGUCAGGAAUAGCGGCGUGAGAGGAAGAAAGGCCCUGGGGCACUACACCCUGCCAACGAGUUCCCUGCACCAGCCAGAAGGACUCCAGCUACAUGGGCAAACGCCUGGACCAGCAGCCAAUGUACCCCCAGUACACCUACUACUACCCCCACUAUCUCCAAACCAAGCAGUCCUAUGCACCAGCUCCCCACCCCAUGGCUCCUCCCAGCCCCAGCACAAACAGCAGCAACAACAGCAGCAACAACAGCAGCGGAGAGCAGUUGAGUAAAACCAACCUGUACAUUCGAGGCCUUCCACCCGGCACCACUGACCAGGACCUCAUCAAGCUGUGCCAGCCGUAUGGGAAAAUUGUAUCCACAAAGGCAAUUCUUGACAAAAACACAAAUCAGUGCAAAGGUUACGGUUUUGUAGAUUUUGACAGUCCGGCAGCAGCACAGAAAGCAGUAGCAUCUCUCAAAGCAAAUGGCGUACAGGCGCAGAUGGCAAAGCAACAAGAGCAAGAUCCCACAAAUCUAUACAUCUCAAAUUUACCCGUUUCCAUGGAUGAGCAGGAACUGGAGAAUAUGCUGAAACCCUUUGGACAUGUCAUUUCCACCAGAAUAUUAAGAGAUGCUAAUGGAGUCAGCAGAGGAGUCGGCUUUGCCAGAAUGGAGUCUACAGAAAAAUGUGAAGUAGUAAUUCAACAUUUUAAUGGCAAAUACCUGAAAACCCCACCCGGUCUACCAGCCCCCACUGAGCCUUUGCUGUGCAAAUUUGCUGAUGGAGGGCAAAAGAAGCGCCAGAAUCAAAGCAAAUACACACAGAAUGGAAGGCCGUGGCCCAGAGAAGGAGAGGCUGGCAUGGCUUUGACUUACGAUCCAACAGCUGCUAUACAGAAUGGAUUUUAUUCCUCACCGUACAGUAUUCCAACAAACCGCAUGAUUCCACAGACAUCAAUCACGCCAUUCAUUGCUGCUUCCCCUGUCUCUACAUAUCAGGUCCAGAGUACUUCAUGGAUGCCUCAUCCGCCAUAUGUUAUGCAACCAACAGGUGCUGUGAUAACACCAACAAUGGACCACACUAUGUCAAUGCAGCCAGCAAGCAUGAUGGGCCCCCUGACCCAACAGAUGAACCACCUUUCCUUGGGCACAACAGGAACGUACAUGACUGCUGCUGCACCUAUGCAAGGGACCUACAUUCCCCAGUACACUCCUGUGCCUCCAACAGCUGUCCCUAUUGAAGGUGUUGUUGCUGAUACUUCUCCACAGACAGUAGCAUCUUCAUCACAGGAAGCCAGUGGUCAACAGCAACAGAUGACAGUGGAAACAUCCAGUGAACAUGCGCCUGCAUAUUCUUACCAACAGUCUAAACAAUAAACAGGACUGAAGAAUGUCGGUCUGAAAUCUUUGCCUUGAAUGGAGAAACUUCACUGAACAAGAAGUUGGCUUCCAGUUUGCACAGGCGUCAAAUGAAUGCUUUUUUUUUCUACCUUUCCCAACGAAAACAAAACAGUGUUUUUAUGUGCUGUGCAAAUGGUUCCGUCAUGUAGUCUGACAAUUUUAUUUUUGCUAUAUUUUUUUUUUUUUAACUAAAGGAAAAACCCAGAGGAAAAAUGCUGGGUUGACAUUUCAUCUGGACGAACAUUUGAAUUCAGAAUUUACUUGGAGGUGUAGCUAGAUCUUUUUCUUUUUUUUUUUUUUUAACAGAAAAACUGAUGAUGUCAAGAGGGAGCAAGUUGAGAUGAAAACCAAUUGUCUUCCUCAAAAAUUAAGCUACUCUUUUUCUCUCAUUUUAUUUUUCUUCUUGUUUUAAACCUAGAGUGUUUUUUGGUUUUUUGUUUUUUGGUUUUUUUUAAAGAAAUGUUUAGGUAAGGUUUAUCUUGAAUCUUAAUUGCCUUAAUUUUAAGGACGUCAAAGGCUCUCAAGGCAAGCUGUCAACGUCUUGUUAGGAAACCCGAGAAUGAAUUGAAACUGCUCACACCGGUGCUGGUGCAGAAGUUUAAUAGACUGAGUUUUUGGGGUGAACAAAAAAAAACUGUACAGUUUAAAAGAAAAUGAUUUUCUUCUUUUGAAGAAAAGUUGAUGAUAAAGGAACUGUGGCAACUGAAAGGAUUGGAAAAAUGCUGGGACUUUUAUGAACUUUGUCUUAAGUGUUGACAGAAAAAAUUCUAGAAGGCUAAAGCAUUUUACAGUAAAGUUAUUGAAUUGAGAAAAAAACUUGCUGCAUUAUAGAGAAUGCAGGGUUUUUUUCUUGCAGAAUGCAGAUUUUUUUAUUUACAAAGCGUGAUCGCUAGCAAAAGCAUUAGUGCUUUUUAUCUGCAGUCUUUUUUAUGAGCUUUAAGAAGUUUUUAGUCUGCUUUGCUUGUCACAUUGCAAAAACCUAGCUUAAGAGCAUUAAAAAAAACUUAAGUAGAUAGGAGCUUAUGGUCAAAAAAGUGCAAAAAAAGCAAUAGAUAGAAGAAAUUGUUGACAAUUUCUGUAGUCUUUCCUAGUUGUGAACAAAUGCAGCCUAUGGAUGGCCUAUUUUAUACCAAAGAUGAAGUGACACCCUAACGCAGUCCAGAAGAUAGAGGUUUUUUUCUUUUUUUAUCUUUAUUUGACCUACAUGGCCGGACCAGUUCUUACUUUCUUGUUUGUUUAAACUAUCUUCCACUGGUGUUUUACAUACUGCAUAUGUUUAUAGUGGAAAUUUCAGAAUAGUUGGUAUUAAAAGCUUGUUGAUGGUGUGCUUUGGAGAACACCCCAAAGCACAGGGGAGUGGGUUGCCAACUAAUCUCUCCAGGUGGGCUUUAAUUUUGAGGAGUUUUUCUGUUAAAUUGCCUGAUCUUUGGUAUUUCUACUGAAACAACAGUCUUCCUUCUGAAUUCCGACAUACCGCAGAUUCAUUUCUUCACCUCAGUCUUUGUCAUCGUCCAGCAUGCAUAGCCACCUUAAUUCUGCGUUUGUUUUGCAGUGAUGCGUUUGAAUCGCCAGGUAGAUGCAAGAGAAAGGAAACUUGAUCUGUGUUCUCAUUUUAGCUCUCCCAUACAAGCCGAAAUGUUGAAAAUGACUUAGUAUUGUCAUGCAGGCAGGAAGUUAAAAAUGAUUCUUCUCUGCUGUGAUUUCUGUUGUCUUAAUAUGUUGGCUGACAAUCACUAAUUAGUAUGAUUAGGCAAAAAAAGACACUAACUAAAUUGAAUGCGCUGAAACCUGUUUUAGGAAUGACAGUUAUUUUCCAUAGAGAAAUCCUGGUUAUGGCCCUUACUUUUUCCAAACAAACAAGCAAACAAAAAAGGUGAGAAGCAAGUCAAAAGGUGAUUUUUUUUUCCUUAAGGAGGCAGAAGAGAAGCAGCAUUUAAAUAUAUACAUACAUACCCAUAUAUCUAUAUGUAAAAAUUAAACCAAACAUUUUUAAACGUUCCUCCAUCCAGAAGAGAGGGGAAGCUUCAUCACAUUUAUUGUGGUGCAUUAGAGACAGGGUAUCCAUCAAAAAGAAUGAAAUUAAAACAUAUAUAUUGGAUCAAUCUGAUUCAGCUGCCCAAUUCUAAAAAGAGAUCUGUGUUUCCCUAACCUGACUUUUAGGGGAAAAAGAACACAAUUAUUUUUUUAAAUUGAUAAAACAAGAUCAUAUUUUUUAACAUAGUGUGGGGGGGAGGGGGUUUCCCAAGUAAAUGGCUGCUAGAUAUGCAACAUAGAAAAGAGAGAAAUGGGAGUUCACAUGGUUCUUCACCGUAGGAAGAGGGCCUGAUUUUCAGAAGUGGUAAAACUUCUGCUUUCUCCAUAGUAGUUGUUGAUAUUCAACACUUCUGAAAACCAGAUGAUGCCAAAGUAAAAGAACAACAACAUCCACAACAUGUUUUCAAUCAAGAAAAAAAAAAGUCUCUUUCUGUUUCACACGCUGUCUCAUUACUUGUUGCUUUUUGAGAGUGGCACUUGAAUUUUGUCCUUGGAUAAAGGUUCCCUCUUUCUUUGGAGGGCAUAUGAGGGAAAAAAAUCGAUCUAGCCUUAUUUUCUUCCUUUCUACACGUACUCUCUUUCUGUCUUUCUCUGAAUUCUUUGUACAAAUAGAGAUAACCCCAGGCACAAGUCAAGUUAAAUAUGAAAUGAACACAUUUGUUUCUGUGUUAGUUCUAAUGUGACACACAAAAAGUCUCAUUUACUAUCAACAAUGAGGCUACAAGGUAGCUACCAUGUGGCUGAUGAAUAUGCUGAGGUACCUUCUUGUUUCUAUUCAGAACUCUGCUGCUUUAUUUAUACAUUCAGAAACAUUUUUCUUAUUUUUUUCAGCAAAUAAAGUUAAACAAUCUCAGUGUUUUUUAUUAAGCCAGACAGGCAACACGAUAUCACAAAUGCCUGUCACUUUAAAGUGUUUCAAGUGCAUUCUGUAUUAGAAUUGUUCCCUUUUUUUUUUUCCAUGCUAUAAUGUUUAAUAGUGUUUGAAAUCAAAAGAAACAAAGCAAAGAAGUAGAGGAAGAAGAAGAGGAAAGAAAAUGGAUCCCUUAAGUACAAUUGAUCAUCCUACUGAUCCCCAAAAAAACCAGUGAACUGGUACUUGAAAGUAUGAAUAAUAAACAAUGUGAGCCUUGAGUAUAAGCAGUCAUAGAUCAUAAGGUAAGAAAAAAACUUAUUUGGAACAUACAAAAUGCUCAGAAAGUGGUAACUUAUUUGUAAAAGUUAAAGAUGAGAUAAAAGAGAACCGUGGAAGAGCAACACGCUGCAUGGGUGUUGUCGUAGGACAGGAAUACUUGGUGGCCUCUGAAAUCUAAAACUGGUUUUCUUUAUGUUCUGGCUAAUAAGAUUUUUUGGAAGAUUUUUUUAUUAUUAUAAUCUGUUUGAGUUUCUGGGUUUUUUUUGGGGUUUUUUUAAUACCUGAAUUUGUAAAGUCAAUAUCUAUGUCUGUCUUACCAAUUUAGCUUUAAAUAUCAGGAGGGUUCCUGAAUGGUUGCAGAAACAAUUCUAGAAGUCUAAGGCAAUGGUGCCUGGCCCAGAGGUCUAGAAGUAACAUCAAAUCCAUAAGCUGAACUGCGUAUGUACUUUCCAUCACACCUGAAUUCUUGUAAAUAAUCAAAUCUGGAUGUUCAGGUUUGGUGUUUUUGUUUUUCCCUUAAAAGAUAAAUACAGAAGGGUUGUCAGAAAAAUAUGAAUUAUGGCUAGAAAACUCUGAAUACCUGGGCUCGAUGCUUAACAUUGAGAAAAAAAAUGGAUACAGUGGAACUGAAGAGAGUAUUACGUUUGCAGGUGCUGACCCGAGCGUAGAUCAGGGCACUGAAAAGUCUCACUGUUCCCAGUGAGGUUGCUGAGGGACUCUUCUUCCUAUCUGGCUCUACUGCUGGUUUUGUAAGCACUUUUCACCUGUGACAGUCAGGCCUCAACUUGUGAAUGUCCUCUUAUUGCCUUCCAGUGAAAUAGACUCUUGAAAUGUCCUUAGCUUGUGCUUACUUGUGUAGUUCUGUUUACCAAGAGACUGCCUUGGUUGUGUUGGUCAAGAAAUCCACCGUAAUGCAGAGUGAGGCAUAUUUGAGAGCAAUUGCAUCACAUUGUAUCAUCUUCUGCUAUGGAUGCAUGCCCAACUGUGGAAGAUAAAGGCUGGUGAUUAGAGAAGUGAGGGCUUAAACUUGCGAUGGGCAAUGGGCUGAAGCAUUCGAAUGGAUUUUUACUCAAGUAAAAAUCAAACGAAGGGUAUUAUUUAUGUAUGUAUGUGUACCAAAACUCAGCAAAUUUGAGGAAGCCUGCAUUGUAAUAAAGUUUAUUUUUAAUAUGU